AUGGCAUCUUCUAGUAGCAAUGGCUUUCUGUUUACAAUCGUGUUGAUGAUCAUAUCAAGCAUUAACGUUAGCCAAACAUCAGCUCGUCAUCUUCUCCAGACAACUCCACCUCAAACCACGCUACCUCCCUUACCGGCUACCACAAUGCCUUCUUUGCCAAGCAUUCCACCACAGCCAUCAACAACACAGAUGCCUUCGCUUCCAAGUAAUCCGGCUACCAUUAUCCCAUCAUUUCCCGCGUUGAGUAUCCCUCCUUUGCCAGGGGCAAUUUCUUCGUUAUUGCCUAACAUGCCUACCUCUCUCCCAACUAGUUUCCCUACCUCUAUUCCUUCUAUCCCUUUUAUGACUCCUCCUCCAUCUAAGUAA